UGCAUUCAUGGAAGAUCUACAGACCAGACAGACAUCUGACAGCCGGUGCAGCAUGGAAUUGUGAUAAGAGCCGAUUUCAUAAUCGAUGAAAAAGCUUUUCAGUCUGCUUUCUCACAGUCCAGUGGUUGUUUGUCAAAGGGUUUUCCAGCAAACCGCAUUUACGCGCAUUGCAGACUCACGCAACAAGAUCUGACUCUUCCCGGGCAGAGCUCCGUCUGGACAACAUCGAUUACUGUGGAUCUUCUGCAGCGGGGAAUUUUUCCACUUUUUAGGCACCACAUUUAUUGCGUGCUCUGAUUCCCUUGCCAGCGGAAAAAUGGUCAACGGGACAGGAUUUUCCCUCCUGCAGGAGCGUUAUCGAAAUCUCACGGACAUCAUUUAUGAGAACAGCGAUGUGCGAUCUCGGGAUAUGCUGUUUAUGCGCCGUUUGGACCUCGUUAUAAUGGUGCUGCUGGGAUACAUCGCUUUCGCCGUUUUGGGUCCGAAAUUGAUGGCGCGUUAUAAACCGUUGGAGCUAAAAUGGCCCAUGUUUGCCUACAAUGUUGCCAUUGCGAUCUGGUCGUUGUGGAUGUUUCUAGAGCUGUUGAUCAAUUCCCGUAUCUCCAACUACAACUACAUCUGUGAUCCUUACACUUUGUCGUACGAGCCUUCUGAACUCCGGAUUGUCAAUGCGAUGUGGCAUUACUGGCUAUCCAAGGGCGUGGAGUUUUUGGACACGGGUUUCAUGGUGUUUAAGAAGAAGAACAGCCAGAUCACCUUUCUCCAUGUGUACCAUCAUACCUUUAUGUUUCCCUUCUUGUUUUUUGGUGUGCUGUUUGGACCAUGCGGCCAAGCCAUCGUGGGACCGAUUAUGAAUACGUUUGUACAUGUCGUCAUGUACUCAUAUUAUGCCAUGUCACUCUUCCCGGCGCUACAGCCAUAUUUGUGGUGGAAAAAGUAUCUCACACAGCUUCAGCUGGUUCAAUUCAUAAUUCUGCUGACGCUGACAGCCAACGGAUUGUACAGCAACUGUGCGUAUCCCCAUUCCAUGGGAUACAUUCAACUAGCCUUUAUGGUAUCCCUCAUCAUCUUAUUCUCCAAUUUCUACUUGCAAGCCUACAUUAAGCGCCACCGGAAAUCCCAUUCUUCUCCCAGUCGUUCUCAGGUUGUGUCCGACGAGAAAAAGGAGCUUUAAUUACUGCAGACCUUUCUAUACAGAGUAUGAACUGAAUUUGCUCUACUUAAUGUUGCACUUUUAUGCUUCAGUGUUAGUUUAGUAUUGACGAGAUACUGUUUCCAAAACUUUUAGUUGGUUCCUAGUAGUUUCCUGAAACCGCAGUUUUAUCGUUUUACUCUGGCCCAGAUAUCUUUUAUUUUGUAAGUUUUAUAGUAUGCUUGUACCAGUAUAGUAAGCGGCUUGAGUCUUGAUAUUCGAACUAUUGUAAAUUUUAAUAGUCGGAUGACUCGGAUGUAUCACUCGAUUUCAGUAUCUCUGUCCUGUUUAUACCCUGGAUUGUACUGGUUGUUAUUUGUUACAAAUGAUUAUAAUCACCAUGAUUUGUUUCGCAACGUACUAGUUAUAUUAAUUUUGGUAGCUUCCUUUGUUAGUACGAGUUAUUAUUUUGCUACGUUAUAUAGUUGCCAGUUACUGAAAUACUGAAAUACAGUGGUAAUACUGUACUUCGUACUAUAUAUAUUAUAGCGAAAGUCUGAACGGUAAAAAAUUAAGAAGCGAUUUGACUAAAACGUCCACUAAGGCAGCGACAGCUGGUAAUGAGGUACCAGACAAGCAGUGCACUCAGAAAACUGCCAACAGCAACAAUUCCCUAUGGUCAAUGCAUGGUGUAUUAAAGACUAGUAUGUAAUUAUGCAGUUUUCUAAAACAAACCCUUCCGUUUUGCAAGUAAUUGCAACAGGUGUACGACUGCAACAGGGUUAAACUGGUAUACGAGUACAUGAUAUGUCGACGCCUGGAAGGCAUAAUUAUUAUGUGAUUAAUUUUUAUACUGCCUUGCUGUGAUGCAGAACCGGGAAAUCUAACAAUGCUACUCAACAGUGUAGCGUUUUCAGAUAGGUGUGGCCGGAAAUGAUGGACAAUCCUUAUGCAUUACAAGUACUCGUACAUGUGUACAGCGUGGUAGCGAUUACCUGCCUAAAGGCAAAAAAGUUUUUAACCAGCUGUAAUUGUCGGAAUGCAAACGAAUUGCCGGCAAAACAACAUUAUGGGAUUAAAAUAACGGAGUCUGAGGGUAAACACGACAAAUAGUACUCGUACGAAUAGUCAGAACGGUGAACACAAUUACGCGAGAACAACUGCAGUUUACUUUAGUGUUCAUUUCCUGAAUUCCUCAAAUAUACAUAUUCGUUUCCUUAAGCAACAUGCAUCACUUAUGCAUCGUAAUACUUCUCGCUUUCAUUACUGCGGAUUCCGUAAAAGGCUUGGGCGACGGCCAAACCAAAGUCGACGGGAAAAACAAUACAAGUGCGGAUGACGAAAUUUCUAGUCAAAUCAAAUCCUCCAUUUCUUUUCCCGGCACCCAAAAUGGGCAGUCGCAUAACCAGCAUGCCACCGUGCCCGUGAACGACCGUUCUAAGCAAGCUGCUCAGUUCAACUUUACAUCCGGUGGACCUGCAAAUGCCACCGGAAUUUCCUCCUCACCGGUCAACGGCACGAACAACCUGCAUCCCAUCACGAUGUCCGAUGGACGCGAACCGACAUAUACAAUUGGAGGAACCUUUCACUACGAGACACACAGCGGCGCCAUUUGGACUCUAUCGACGUACACCAAAAUUGCCGCAGGCACAGCGACCAUAGCAACAGUGACCUUCGCGCCUCUGCGGACCUUUUUUGGACCGGUGCCAACAGUGACCUUUGUACCGAGCUUGUCGAACAGCACGGUGGAUGGACAGUGGCGUACUAUUCCAGCCGGCGCCAUUAAUCCCACACCCAUAACCUUCUUCCAGGCCAACAAGACGCCGCAUAAUUCGGCCACUGCAUGGAGUAUUCUGAAUUCGGAUUUUAACCAGACCUACACGAGUAUCAUUAAUUCGACCAUCACCCGUUUGAUUCAGUCCACAGUGUAUCGGGAUGGCGAUUUUGUUGACACGGCUUAUCGUACUACUGACAUAAUUAACGGCUCCACAUACACCUCUUGGGAGAUCAACGGAUAAGGAAUAUCUUUCCUCGUCACCAACGUCCAUGGUAUAAAGACACCAACUUUCAGAACUUACAAUUAGUAAAAAACUAUCAACAAUAAGCUGUUACAAAUUGCAAGUUUCACAGAAAGCCGUGGCUUCGUAUGCAGACACCACGUCAACCGCGACCUUUGCAUCAAAAUUAAUUUUUUUUCUAAAGGCUACUAAAUACUAUGCGUAAUACGCGCUCAGUUACUGUAUUGGGCUGCACUUUGCAAAAAGUGGUGCGACUUGUUUUUCUUUCUUCUUGCGAUCGACAUAAACCCCGCACCAUAUUUAA